GCUAGCAUAUACCAACUAACCAGCUAAGCUACCUAGAAAAAAUAACAACCCUUGGCUUAGUGUCGUUAAAGCGCACUUAAGAAGGCGGCCGGUUUUGCGCCCUAAGUAGGUGGCCUAAGUAGGCGCCCUAACACGAAUGCGGAUUGGAACGCAGCCCCACAGCAGGAUGGAUGUAUGGAUGGAUGGAUUCACGCCUCUUACACACCACCAGGUUUUACUCGCUUUAUUGAACUCGUUCAAAUAUUUUGACCUGUUGAUCUCGUUUGUAAACUAAUCCGGUAAGUGAAGCUUCUGUCAUGUAAAAGCGGAAGUGGAGACGAACCCCAACAUCCGGAUCGGUCAAGCUAGCAGCCGGACAGAAAAUGAGCGAGGAAAACUUCGCCGUCACGGCCGACAUGGCUGAAAUAAGCCGCGUGCACUACGAGCUGGAGUACGCCGAGGACAUCAGCCUGCAGAUGAGGAUACCGGACAGACUUAAAGUCGGACCGGACUCGUCGAUGGACAAACUACUGGACCAGUUCGCUGAGGAAUCCCACAGCACCAUGAUGCAGGUUCCAGACAGGAUCGUAGUGGCAGGAGAUGAAGCUGAUCUUCACUUCAGGCCACGAGAGCUCGAUCUGAUCCAGACCAUCCCAGCGGACAGCGUGGAGCUGAAGGCUCCUCCACGGGUUCUCACUCUCCAGGACCAAUUUCUGGACUUCCUGGAGCCUGAGCAGCUACCAGAACCUUCUCAGCAUAAAGAGGAGAUUCGCUCUCGCACGAGAUCCCGGCGUGAACGUUACACCAACGAGACUCGUCAGAAUGUCCAGAUCGCCAAAUACAACACCGUGAGCCCGUCUCCCAGCGCUACUGUGCGUGUUCGUCCCGCUCUCGUGUCCCACGACGACUGGCCGAGCGUUGGCACUGUGGGCGGAGUCCUGUCCUACAUCCAGCUCACCACACGCAGGGCCUACGACCUCGUCCUGGCCAUGCUGGAUGACUCGCGCCGCAGGACCGCACUUGUGACUCUGGAUGCUAAUUUGGAAGGAACUCCCGACGACCUGGCGUUAGCCGACGCCCCAGCACUGAGACGACAGAUCGUGAAGCUGAACCGUAGACUUCAGGUCCUGGAGCACGAGCAGAAAGAGCGAGUGAGGAGGGAGAUGGUGGUCUACUCCCUCACCGCCGCAUUCUGGUUGGUGAACGCGUGGAUGUGGGUACGCCGCUGACCGCCGGAGCCAUCGUCCGCAUCUCCUCGUCGUCUCAGGCUGCUUUUAAUCAGACUCUCAGAGCUUCUUUUUGUAUCUAACUAUAUCCGAUAUCGCCGGGAUAUUGCUCUUAAAGUCUAAACUCAGACAUGGGCUAGAAAAUAGCUCGGGAAAAUUAAAACGAUCGUUUUAAAUAAUAUAGUGUGAGCAACAACAAAAAAAAUAAAUAGAGAGAGGGUGCCAAUAGUUUUAAGUAAACAGAGCUGUAUUGAUGUAUAUGGAUAUGACUAUUGUAAAAAAAAAUAAUAAUAAUUCUCAAACUUCAUGUACAAAAAAAUAAAUCACUUCUUGUAGGUGAUUGGUGCUGAGAACGUGUUUAGAUUAGCUACGUGUAAAGAAUAAAUCACUUCCUGCUGUUCCUCGUAUAAUAGCGCAGCAAACAUUCCACCCUUUAACUAACGACAUGUUGCGCUUCUUAUCCGCUUACGUUUACAUUUAAUGUGUCACUUACAUUCCAGCAGCUACAAACAGCCACUGACACCGGAGACUCCUUCUGUAACUCGUACAUAAACGUGUGCUUAUAGAGCGAGAGUCGAACGCAACACAGGAAAGGCGAGAAAGGAGAAAAGAACGAACGAAUUCGGAAAGAAAGGCCGAAUUCGAUCGAAUGCUCAAAGAAAGAAAGAAUGAAAUGUAAAAAUAAACAAAGGAUUAAAUGGAAAGAAAGAAAGGUUUCUAAAAUAAGAUGUUCGUCACAAGAAGAAGCGAAGGAAGGAAGGAAGGAGUUUGUUGUCGUUUCUCGCCCGCAGCAGUAAUGAAUCAGGAGUGUGUACAUUGUGUGUGUUACACAACGCCAGCAGAUCGUGGUGUAUGUGGUGUAUUUAUUAUUUAUUUAAAUAAACGUUUUGUGGAUCUUGA